ACUGCCCUCAUCCCAGUCUCUCCUCUCUUCACCUCCUUUCCUCUUGGCGGUCCAGACGGACACAAGUCACAGCUCCUGUCUGUCUCUGUCUCUGUCUCACUGAGAGGCUGCUGAAGGACUUUCAGUCGCAGGACAGACAGAAGCAUCCGAACACCUGCACCUGUCCGGUCCGGAGGCUGCGCGAGGACACCAACAACUUCUGCACAUCUGCACCAGAGAGUUGAGUCUGAUGAAGAUGAACCACAGACCGGAUGUGCCUCUACCUGUGCUGCUGUGUGCCAUCUGUCUCCUCGUCCUGCCAUCGUCCUCUACCCACCACCAGGAGUCAGAUGAUUCGAAGCUUCUCCAGGUGACCAUCCCCAACACGCCACCCGUGGUUGCCGUGCUGGGCGGCUCUCUGACUUUACCCUGCCUGGUGUCUCUGGCCCACCCGCCGCCAUCUCCCUCCACCAACGGCCGCCACGCCGUGCUGUCUCUCCCCCGGGUCAAAUGGAGCGUGCUGACUCACGGCCAAGAGACGGAGAUCCUGGUGGCCCGCGGCGACAGGGUGAGAGUCAGCGAGGCCUACAAAGACCGAGCCUCGCUGCUCAAUUACGCUUACUCCCCCGCCGACCUCACCCUGCGGCUGGAGAGCCUGAGGCAGAACGACACAGGCUUCUACCGCUGCGAGGUGCAGCAGGGCCUGGAGGACGCUGAUGAUGUGGCUCAGGUCAAGGUCAAAGGGGUGGUGUUCCAUUAUCGUGAUGCAUCCAGCCGGUACGCCUUUACCUUCGAGCAAGCCCGAGAGGCCUGUGAGGAGAUCGGGGCUGAAAUUGCCACUCCAGAGCAGCUCCUGGCCGCCUACCACAGCGGAUACGAGCAGUGUGAUGCCGGCUGGCUCUCAGAUCACUCAGUGAGAUAUCCCAUCCAGAUGCCAAGAGAGGGCUGUUUUGGGGACAUGGAUGGAUUGCCGGGAGUGAGGAACUAUGGACUGUUAGAGCCUGAUGAGCUGUACGACGUCUACUGCUACGUGGAGAACAUCGAUGGUGAGGUGUUCCACGGCACCGCCCCUCAGCGUUUGACCUUCUGGGAGGCCAAGGCCUACUGUCUGAGUCACGGGGCCGAGCUGGUCACCACAGCUCAGCUGUACGCAGCCUGGAAUGAUGGACUGAACCUCUGCAGUCCGGGCUGGCUGGCAGACGCGAGCGUGCGCUACCCCAUCGUCACUCCCAGAGAGCGCUGUGGAGGCGGCGAACCCGGGGUCCGAACUGUCUAUCGCUAUAGCAACCAGACAGGCUUCCCCGAGGUUGACUCUCGACACGACGCCUACUGCUUCAGAAGCGAUAACGGUCAUUACACAGAAUCUCCUCAGGAUUUUCUUGCCACUGAGCCGGAGGACAUUGGCCAGGAUAUUGUUUUCUUAACUAUUCCUGCAGAGGAGGAGGAGUUCAGACAGACCGAGGCGACGGAAAAGGGGGUCGAAGAGGUCCAACACGCCCAGACGGCCAAUCCUGUAAAGCAGAGCCCUGUGGAGGCUAAGCCCCCAACAUUGAGUUAUGACAAGGAAUCAUCGUUGACGAUAGGCGUUCAUCAGUCUGUCACUCCUCCAUCUGAACAUCAAGAGCACGUGUCCACAGGAGAGGACACCUGGGAGGUCAUAGAGAAGGCCAGCUACCCAGAAUCCCAUCAGCCUGCACCUGAAGAAACCCCCCACACAGAUCCUGAAGAGCCUCACGCACUUCCAACAAAUUCUCCAAAGGAUGAUGCUUCAUCAGCAGUUACUACGACUGCUGAUGAAGACUCCACUUUACCCACAACUGAUGCGACAACUUCAGAGAGCGGAGAGCCCUCAGAGCAUCAUAUUUCUGUGACUGAAAGUCUGGGUACGCCAGCUGUUAAUGCAACAUCUGGAGCUGAUGUAAAUGAGCUCCUCAGCAGCUCUCCGGAGGUUCCUCAAGAGGGUGACCUUCCUGUUUUACAAGAGGACCACACUCAAGAUGACCACCUGGAACUCCCCUCUGAAGCGGAGCUCGUCUACUCGAGCACCUCUUACGGUGUUUCAGGGCAGCCAGAAGAGGCCAGCGCUAGUUCUGUUGAAGAGAUGUCAGCAGUGACUCCAUCACCCCACGCAGAGGAAACAGAUGUUCACCCCACCACCCAGCUGCCAUCUUUUGAUAACAGUACCCCUGAGAACCAUCCAACAGAGGAAGAGUCUGGAGAGGAGAGUGUAAAUCCUCUUCUAGAUGAGGAAACACAAAACUCAGUGACUCAGAGUUUGGUUGGUAUGGACGUCUUUGCCACCUCUGAACUGGUCCCUACGUCUGAUUCAGGUCUUGAACACACCCCAGAGCACCCAGAUGUAACUGUGGAGUCGUCCAUCCCAGUGGGUCAUGAUGAGGAGGACUCCAAUAGCACUUCAGAGGAGGAAACACCAGAUGAUCCAACCGACCAGAGUGGACUCAUCCAUCCUGCAGAAACCCCCACAGCAGAGCUCAUCACAGUCACAGACGACUCUGAUGUGAACGCUCCUGUCCUAAACACUGAUCCGGUCACUUUGUUGACAUCCCAUGUAUCUGUAACCCCGUCUCCCCCUACUGUGGAGGUUGAAGCCAGCUCUCCAGAGAUUAUAACCUUCAUACCCGAAAGCAACACUUCAUCUGGGGCCGAACCUCUGGAGGACAUCCAGGACAAACUUGAACAGGAGGUAUUAGGAGAAAGCCCAGAGGUAUUCCUCAGCACAACCCAAAAUACCACAGACAGCGAUCCGGAAGGGACGGAACUAGAUGCCGGAGAGGGAUCAGGUGAAUUGUCUGGAGGAAGCCCAGAGGUCAAACCAGGACUCAUGUUGACAAAUCCAACUCUCUCAACGGACCACACUUCUGCAGGAGGUGACGGUGAGGAUGCCACUGAUGCGCCUCCUCCAUCAGAUGUCAAAAUCACACUGAUCCCUCAUCUGACCCUCACACCGGGCUGGGAACCAGAGCCUUCUAACUCCACACCGCAGGAGUCUCGCUCUGAUCUGGAGUACAGCGCCGAGCCUCCUGAUGACGGCUCUAAGGAGCAAGAGGUCAUGGCUGAGAUCACCACCAGCAGCAUCAACAACCAUGGAUCAGAGAGAGGUGAGGGGGAGACCAGCACCGAUGAGCCUUCAGUUAAAGUGUGCACGUGGCAUCCGGACGAGGAGGAAACCACCGGUCCAACACUCACCGCCGACAUCAGUGAUGUAACAAUCUCUGCUCCCACCAUGUUCCCAGAGUAUUCUGCCAUGGCUGCCUCGCUGCCUGUGGCCAAAGUUUCUGCUGCAAGACCAGGAGGCAUUUCAGCUGCAGACUCCUGCCUGGAGAACCCUUGUUUGAAUGGAGGCACUUGUAUCGACGGUGAACCGACGAAGUGCUUUUGUUUGACCGGUUAUGGAGGAGACUUGUGCCAGACAGACCUGGAUGUGUGUGAGCCCGGCUGGGAGAAGUUUCAGAGCUUUUGUUAUCGUCACUUUGCCAAGAGGCAGAGCUGGGAGGCGGCUGAGCAGCACUGUCGCAUGUGUGGUGGACAUCUGCUUUCUGUCAUGACCCCUGAGGAGCAGGACUACAUCAAUGACAAAUACAGAGAAUAUCAGUGGAUUGGACUGAAUGACCGAACCAUCGAGGGAGACUUCCGCUGGUCGGACGGGAACCCUCUGCUCUUUGAGAACUGGUACAGAGGUCAGCCCGACAGCUACUUCCUGUCAGGUGAGGACUGUGCGGUGAUGGUGUGGCACGACGGCGGCCGCUGGAGCGACGUGCCGUGCAACUACCACCUGUCCUACACCUGCAAGAAGGGCGUCUCAUCCUGUGGCGAGCCACCCAAGGUUCCCUACGCUAAGGUGUUUGGGAAGAAGCGGUUGCGUUACGAGACCAACACCAAGGUGCGAUACUACUGUGAGGAGCGUUUUGUGCAGAAACUGAACCCUGUAAUCAAGUGCCUGCCUGGCGGCCAAUGGGAAGAGCCUCAGGUUACCUGCAUCCCAUCCCAUUCGAUGGAAGAUGACCCAGUUACCUCACUUCCUUACCAGCAUGAGGAAGUCAUGGAGGCCAUGGAGGCCAUGGAGGUCAGAGGCACAGCCACAGAGAAAGCAGCUCCGCUGUUCUGGGACAUUAAGUGGAAUGUCUGAAGACAUCCUGCCUUUUUCUUAAAAAGAAAAAACAAUAUUUCACCUCCUCUUUUCCCCCGUUUCUUGUGUCUCAAAAGACUUUCCAGUCCAGUUUAAGUUAAACUGUAUAAAUUAAAGUCAUGUCAAGGCCACAGUUCUUACAGUCGUGGAGAAUCUGGAAAACUUGCUGUAAUCCAAAUACAUGUUUUUCAGUAAAGUGAUGCAUGUAAAAAAAAAAGGUUAUGGAAGUUGGGAUGAAUUUGGCCAGUUGAAACAAAAACCACACUCCCAAGCCUGAAUUCUUCUUGACCUAGAGAUUCCUGGGAAAGAAUAUCAGCCAAAAUGAAUUUCUUAUGAACGAGUCAUAUCAAGAGAUAAGAGAGGACCCUCCACACUGUUCAAAACACUCCACAGUGGAUUUUUAUCAACAGACAACGCAUUGAUUCAACAUCUGUCUUCCUUCCAUUCUUGUUUUUAGCUCAGGACAGUAUGUAAGAUCCUCUCUUAUCUCUUGACUUUCACAGAGAAGGACAAUUUUUACGCUGGAGGACAUGUUUUAUGUGAGACUGUCAUAUAAAAGACCCAGAAUCUAAUUAACAAAAUUCAUAUGAAGUCUAAAGUUCUCGUAACGUUGCAGAGACUCAUUUAUCAACAUCAACAUCAGGAUAUGUUAAUAUUUCUGAGACAAUUCUUAUUAAGCAUUUAAAUGUACAAGUCUGUACUACCCUAAACCAAAUUAAAUAGGCUAUACCAGUAUAUGUGGGGGUUAAGGGAUCCAGAAUAAUUCUACUUACUUACUUUGGUGAGCUCUACUCUCAUAGCCUGUUCAGUGACAUUGUUGAAUUCUUAAAUUUGACUGCUGGUGCGAUACACGCUGUAUUUUAACAUAUUUGUAACAGACUGCUGUUCAUGAUAGUUUGCAGUUUAGUGUGUAGUGUGAAUGAAUUCUCAGCAUCAGAUGGUCUGACAUUCACUAAAGCGUAAAAUCUGGAAGAUUCCAUGUUUUUACUUUUGUAGUGAAUUAUAUCACUGUUGAGAGCCUCUCCGGUACCUCCGAUAUACUUUAUUUCCCACAGACUGCACUCUUGAAACAUGUUCAUUUAUUGUGUCUUAAGCUUCAGACAACUAGGAUGUACAACCUAGGAAAAAGAAAAACACAUUCCUGACCCGGACGCAGUUACUCUUUAAAGCUGCACUAGGAAACAUUUCACAUUUUAAGGCCUCUGCACACCAAGUCGGUAUUUUUCAUAUGCAUUUUUUUUAACCCGUCAUCUGAUAAAAAGCAUAGAAACGCACAGAAACCUUGCACACUGAGUCCCAUGCAUUUUAUUAUUCUAUUUGUAGCGAAAAAUUCGUAAUACAAGAUAAAUCUGAAUUAAUUACAAGGAUGCAAUGUAUAGUGCUAUAGUCCCAAACGGGGCUAAUAAAAGAAUGAAUGACAUUAGCAAGAAGCUAUCGUUUAGCUGCCUAGAGCACACUCACUAUCGUCUAAUCUUUCCUACAUCCUUUGUUUUGCGACAAGCUGUUCUGCAAUCACCUGCCACAAUCUAUAACUUCCGCAUCUCUGUAUUAUUUACUGUGUUUCUUGUAAAGUGCUUUGUGCUGGGAGACGAAUAGAUGAAGUGAAUCAGCUUAUCGGAUGCCAUUUGGAUGAUGACCUUUGCAUUGAUGGAUGCGAAAAACACCCGCAGAAAAUCAAACAUUUAGAUUUUCGGUGUGUAAAUGUGAUUGACACGUGAGGUUGUAUUUAUUUUUGAUCCCACCCACACAAACCUGAACCACCUGACAGAUCACAGACUCUGCUUGUCCUCUGGUGCUUUUUAUUCAGGUGUCUCAAGACUUUGUUGUAUGGUUUGCUAAUAUGAACUGUAUCUGUAUUAACAUACAGUAUCCUAAUCAGAGAGUUUAAUUUUAAAUGUAUGUAGGAGUAGUAGUCUACACUGGCACUGAGGCGAUCGCUGUUCUUCGGGGAUCAAAGAGGAAAAACAAAUAUUUCAAUGAUGCAACAAUAUCUCAUCUACUGUAUCUUUUCUAGUUUUUAAAGGAGUGUUGUAUUAGACACUGUGACAGUAACAAUGCAGGUGAUGUUAAAUGAACGCAUACUAAAUGUACAAGUAGAGAUAAUAUAGUAAAAAUGGAUCCAAUGAAAAAGGAGAAGUAAAAUGGAAUUUUUUUAUGUAAUCUGAAUUUCUAUUGUUGUCACAUGUCUGUUGAUUUAACUGUAUAACAAUUAACACAUUAAAAAUGUUUGUAAAAAUCUA